AGAGAGAAACUAUUCGGAUUUCAAAUUCAAAGCGAAGUUAGGUUAGUUAGUAUCAGCCGGUAGCCUUCGGAUCCUGAUAUAAAAAUAAAUUAAUAAAUAGGUAUGACAUCACCAUACUGUUAAAUUGUUGUUGUUUUUCAGUUGCUUGUUGGAUCGAAAAAUAUUUUUUAAGGUAUCUAAUUGAACUUUGCUACCAUACCUAUUGAAAAUGAGUGUGAGUAAGGAAUCCCCCGUUAUCGAAAAGAAGUUAUCAAGUGAUUUCAGCAUUGUUGGUAUUAUCACAAGCACUCUUAAAAAGGCCUCCAUAAUAGGCAUAGUCUACUUGGCAGGUUAUAUGCACUGGUCAGUAGCGUGGUUCCUAGGACCUCUGGUACUUUCCGUAAUUCGAGAACAAUGGAAAAAAUCCAGCGACAGGCGAAGAUUUACUGCCAAAAUGACAGCUGUGGCUAGCGAAAAAGAAGUCGUGCUGGCUAGGCUUAACGACUUACCAGCAUGGGUCUUUUUCCCUGAUAUUGAAAGAGCUGAAUGGAUUAAUAGGAUACUCAAACAAUUAUGGCCUUCAGUUAAUGUUUUCGCUAAACAAAUUGUCCGAGACUCGGUUCAGCCUGCUCUACAACAGAGCUUGGAAAAAUAUAAACUUUCGGGCUUCAAGUUUGAUCGGAUUAUUUUAGGCACAGUGCCUUUCAGAAUUGGUGGCGUUAAAGUCUACGACAAAAACAUCGAUAGAAACGAAAUUAUAAUGGAUCUUGAUAUUUUUUAUGCAGGCGAUUGUGAUAUAACAUUCAGUUUAGCUGGAAUAAGGGGAGGCAUUAGAGACUUCCAGCUUCAUGGAAUGUUGAGAGUCGUUAUGAAACCGCUUAUUACUUCACCGCCAUUAGUUGGAGGCCUACAAGUAUUUUUCCUCAAUAAUCCUGAUAUUGAUUUCAAUUUGGUGGGCAUUGCGGAUGUCCUAGAUAUGCCAGGAUUAAGUGACAUUUUAAGACGCAUCGUAGUGGAAACUGUUGCAAACAUGAUGGUAUUACCCAACAAAUUCCCUAUUCAAUUGAGUGAAGAAGUUGAGGCUAUUGAACUUAAAACCCCAGAACCAGAGGGAGUUUUACGUGUUCAUGUAGUGGAAGCUAAACACCUAAUGAAAAAAGACAUCAGUAUGCUGGGUAAGGGCAAAUCUGAUCCAUAUGCAGUUGUCACAGUGGGAGCUCAGACGUUUAAAACCAAAGUCAUUGAUAAUACUGUGGAUCCAAAAUGGGAUUAUUGGUGUGAGUUCAAUAUACUGGAAUCCAAUGGUCAACAACUCUACAUUCAUUUAUGGGACAAAGACGAUACUGGGGAUGAUGAAAGUCUUGGAAGAGCAACUGUGGAAAUAUCCAACAUUGUAGCCAAGGGUAGCGAAAACACAUGGGUUACAUUGGAACAAGCCAAACAUGGAAUGGUCCACCUUAGAUUUGUUUGGCUGACGUUAAGCAAAGAUUACAACGAUCUUAAAGGAAUUUUAGCAGAAACUCAGAUGUUGCAAGUAUCGUCCCUGAAUACGGCGUUACUAACUGUAUUUAUUGAUUCUGCAAAAAAUCUACCUCAAGCAAGAAUGUCAACAAAACCAGACCCUUACGCCACUCUCAGAGUAGGUGGUUCCACAAAAGAAACUGAUCAUAAAAUGAGAACCAUCCACCCAGUAUGGGAACAAGGAUUCACUUUUUUGGUGGCCAAUCCUGAAAAUGACACUUUCUAUUUAAACAUAAUCGACAAAAAAACAAAUUCUGAAAUCGGCCAGUUUACUUUUAAAAUUAAAAGUCUAGCCAACAAAACGAAUUUGCAAAUUAUCAAAGAACCAUUCAGUCUAGUCAAAUCAGGUCCAGAGAGUAAAAUUGUGUUAUCCAUGCAUUUGAGGAUUUUAAAACGCACUUCAGCUGAAGAAGUUCAAAGUGACCCACAACCAGCAUCGUUCGAAAGAGCAGAUUCUACAGUUUCAACAGCCUCCACAGAUUCCAGGCAAUCAUUCAUACGACAAACAGAAGAAAAAGCUACAUCAUCUGCAAGAAAUUCUUUCCAAGAUUCUGUUGACGAAGCCAUUGAAGAUUCUACAAUUUCCUCCCUGAAUGUAGCACCUGAAGUUGGUGCUGGUGAUCAUUUGGUACAUCGUACUCCUAGCAUGACAACAUCCGCUGGUGAAGCUGGUUUAGGCAGAAUACAACUGACCUUGAGGUAUAGCGUGCAGAGACAAAGACUUAUUGUGGUGGUGCACAAAGUAGCCAAUAUUCCCCUUAAAGAUCCCUCCAACAUCCCAGAUCCUUAUGUGAAAUUAUACUUGCUUCCGGAACGGUCCAAAGAUAGUAAAAGGAAAACUCAGGUUGUAAAGGAUAAUUGUAAUCCAGUUUUUGAUGAAACAUUCGAAUAUGUGAUAAACCAGGCAGAAUUGGGUAGUAAACAACUGGAAGUGACUGUUGGUACAGAAAAACGACUUUUUAGCAGUAACAUGUUGGGACAGGUUAUUGUUGAUCUUAGCAAACUAAAUCUGGCCCAACCCUAUAAUGUUUGGUUUGAUCUACAUUCAGAAGAAUAAUAAAUUAACAAAUAUUUUUUAAUAGCAAUUACUUACCUCUGUUUUUGUGCGUUUCUCUCUCUCUAUUUAAUACAGAUAGCUUUUGCAUGACUUAAAAAAAAUUAAGCACAAAUAUAUUUGAUAUGUCCAAAAUAUUUUGCUACCCAGUCCAGAGUAGGUACUUAUUUUAUAUAGAAAAACUUUGGGACACAUUUUAUGCUGUUUAUUGAUAGAUUAUUAUUUUUUUACUUUGCCUAAUACUUUUAUAUCGCAUUUUCUUUUUCGUUACUAAUAUAUGUUUAUGUUAUAUUCGUUCA